CUUUUUCAGAUGGGAAAGUUGACAACCAUGCCCGCAGGUCUGAUAUAUGCAUCUGUAAAUGUACAUCUGGCCGAAGAAGAGGAACCCAAAAAGCAGCUAAUAAGACCAGAACAGCUCCCCAUAUAUACUGCACCACCUCUCCAUUCUAAAUAUGUUGAAGAACAGCCUGGUUAUUUACAAAUGGGCUUUGCAUCAAUCCGUACUACAGCUGUUCGGUAUGUUGGCUGGUGCAAGGGUGUUUAUAUCUUUAUGAAGAAUGGGAUAGUGGAUACAGUACAAUUUGGUAAAGAUGCAUAUGUCUAUCUGAAGAAUCCUCCUCAAGAUUUUUUUCCUAAACUGGGAGUGAUUACAGCUUCGGGACUGGCGGGUUUGGUCACAGCAAGGAAAGGUUCUAGGUUUAAGAAGAUUGCUUAUCCACUAGGAUUGGCCUCAUUAGGAGCAACUGUUUGUUAUCCAGCUCAGUCAGUAAUAAUUGCAAAGAUAACGGGGAAGAAGGCAUAUACUACAAGCCAGCAAAUUUAUCAAGCCAUUAAGUCAUUGUGGACAAAAAGCAGUGAAAAAGAAUCACUCCCCGAACCAAAGGAAGGAACUAAGGUAGGAAGGUCUGAUGAAAUACAUGCCAAAACUCCUGACUCGAAACAUUCAGUGUCUUUUCCAAAAGAACUUGCCUCUGCAACAAAGGUUAAAUCGGAAUCUACUGCAGGCACUACACAGUUUCUACCUGACCCCAACCUCAUGGAUCAUGGGCAGUCUCAUCCAGAAGAUAAAGAUAUGUACAGCACUAGAAGCUGAAAUGGACUACAGUGGGAGCCUGUGGAGAGAUCCGCAAGAUGUACCAAGUGGGAAACGAUGGUGAAAGAUCAUGUAAUAGAUGGGAAACUGACAGCAUGAUUCUACAUGUUCCCAUGUUUAAUUCCAAAUAAACAGUUUGGCCAAUGAUGCAAGUGGUUA